AUGUACUACGUCACUCAGAUUGACACCAACAUCCAUAUUGACACCAACACCCAUAUUGACACAAACACCCACAUUGACACAAACACCCACAUUUACACCAACACUCACAUUGACAACAACACCCACAUUGACACCAACACUCACAUUGACACACACACACACAUUGACACCAACACCCACAUUGACACCAACACUCUUAUUGACACCAACACUCACAUUGACACCAACACUCACAUUGACACCAACACUCACAUUGACACCAACACCCACAUUGACACCAACACUCACAUUGACACCCACACUCACAUUGACAACAACACUCACAUUGACAACAACACUCACAUUGACAACAACACCCACAUUGACACCAACAACCACAUUGACACCAACACUCACAUUGACAGCAACACUCACAUUGACAGCAACAACCACAUUGACACCAACAACCACAUUGACAACAACACUCACAUUGACACCAACACUCACAUUGACACCAACACUCACAUUGACAGCAACAACCACAUUGACACCAACACUCACAUUGACACCAACACUCACAUUGACACCCACACCCACAUUGACACCAACACUCACAUUGACACCAACACCCACAUUGACACCAACACUCACAAUGACACCAACACUCACAUUGACACCCACACUCACAUUGACACCAACACCCACAUUGACACCAUCACUCACAUUGACAACAACACCCACAUUAACAACAACACUCACAUUGACACCAACACUCACAUUGACAACAACACUCACAUUGACACCAACACUCACAUUGACAACAACACCCACAUUGACAACAACACUCACAUUGACACCAACACUCACAUUGACACCAACACUCACAUUGACACCAACACUCACAUUGACACCAACAACACUCACAUUGACACCAACAACACUCGCAUUGACACCAACAACACUCACAUUGACACCAACAAUCACAUUGACACCAACAACACUCACAUUGACACCAACAACACUCACAUUUACAACAACACUCACAUUGACAACAACACUCACAUUGACACCAACAAAAUUAUUGACACCAACACUCACAUUGACACCAGCACCAAUACUGACUCCCACAUCCAUAUUGACACAAACACCUUUAUUGACAGCAACACGCCUAUUGGCACAAACACACACAUUGACUCCCUCAUCCAUUAUGACACCCGUACCGAAAUUGACACCCACACCCACAUUGACACCCGAAAACCACAUUGA